GUGACAGGGUUUUCUAUCUACUGUGAUCGCUCAAAACCAGAAGUCUUGCUCAAAACUUUGAUAGAGAAGAUGUCAACUUCUAACAUAGUUAACCCUGCGUACGGAAGGAUAGAUUAUCCUUUACGGGGUCCUUUAUCCAGAAGAGCUGAACAGAUUUCGCGAGAACUAAAAGAAGGUGUCAAGAAGCCAUUUGAUAAAUGCAUAAAACAUCUUGGAGAUCUUCAUUGCUUGAAAGCACAGAAACCUUUGACAUUUGUACGACAGGUUUUUAGUUUGUUGAUGUAUCCCGAUCUCCUUAUGGAUGAUCCAAGGUUWCCUCAAGAUGCAAAGGAAAGAGCUGAUGAGAUUCUCAGCAAUAAAGGAGGAUACAGCAUUGGAUCCUACACAGAAUCAGAAGGUAUGCCUGUGAUAAGACAACAUAUUGCAGACUUCAUCACACAAAGAGACGGCUAUCCCACUGAUCCAUCRAACAUUUUUAUGACCAAUGGUGGUUCAGUGGCAAUCCAGAUUAUAUUCCGUGGGAUGGCGAAUGGAAAAGAAGGGAAUGAAAGAGAAGGCUACUUUGUUGCAUUUCCACAAUACAGCUUGUAUUGCGGCAAAUCACUUGAACUAGGAUCAUACRUGAUUCCUUAUUACUUGGAUGAAGACAAUGACUGGCAAAUUGAUACCAGUGAACUGGAAAGUCUUUUUCUUGAAGCCAAGUCACACUGCAUACCAAAAAUGUUUGUUCUUACAAAUCCAGGAAAUCCAACAGGUCACGUCUUGCCCCGUAAAAAYAUCGAGGAUGUCAUCAAGUUUUGCCACAGAAAUAAACUUGUGUUGUUUGCUGAUGAAGUUUACCAAGACAACAUUUACACAGAGGAGUUGCCAUUUUACUCGUGUCGUCAGGUCAUGUUUGAGAUGGGACCUGAAUAUACAGAUUUAAAGUUAAUUUCACUGCACUGCAGUGCAAAAGGAUGCUUUGGAGAAGCAGCUGCAAGAGGUGCUUAUUUUGAACUUCAUCAUUUUAAUGAACAUGAAAAACAUUGCUUUUACAAGAAACUUACAAUGAGUUCUUCUCCAAAUAUUCUCGGCCAGGUUGCAAUGAGUCUAAUGUGCAARCCUCCACAACCUGGGGAUGAAUCGUAUGAUUUGUAUAUCAAAGAGAAAACGGCAAUCAUGGAUUCUUUACGAGAAAAGGCUGUCAUGACAAGAGAAAUCCUAAACCAGCUCCCUGGCAUCACUUGUAAUAGAGUUACUGGUGCUUUUUAUGCAUUCCCUAAGCUCACUCUCCCCCCCAGAGCUAUUGAGGAAGCAAAGCGUCAAGGUGUUGAGCCUGACUAUCUCUAUGCAAUUGGCCUGCUUGAAGAGACUGGUAUAGUAGUCAUGAAUGGUGCUGGAUUUGGACAGAAAAAAGGAACCUCACAUUUUCGAAUUACAAUCCUGCCACCAAUGGAAGAUGCAGUUCCAAUGUUUGAAAGGAUGAAGAAAUAUCAUUUAGAUUUUAUGAAGAAGUAUUCUUAGUCGAGGGAAAUUAUUUUUGARUAGAUUUUAAUGAGUACCUUUUAAUAAAAUAAAUAUAUUAUUAGCUGAAUUUUUAUAGCACUUAUAUCAUUACAGAAUCCUGGAAAAAUGUUGCAAAAGUAAUUUAUUAGACUAAGUAUUUCUAAGAAAAAGAGCUCGUUUUUCAAAAAGAUAUGAAUAACUUAUGAUU